GGCUCCAAGAUGGCUGACACAGCGUCCGGGGGCUCCGGCACGCGGGCUGGCAGCAAGCAGGCCGGCACUCCUGCCGACAAUUAUCACCUGGCGCGGCGCCGCACGCUGCAGGUCGUGGUCAGCUCGCUGCUCACCGAGGCCGGAUUCGAGAGCGCCGAGAAAGCCGCGGUGGAGACGCUCACCGAGAUGAUCCAGAGCUAUAUCUCGGAAAUUGGGAGGAGUGCCAAGUCCUACUGCGAGCACACAGCCAGGACCCAGCCCACGCUCUCAGACAUCGUGGUGACCCUCGUGGAAAUGGGGUUCAAUGUGGAAACUCUUCCUGCCUAUGCCAAGCGUUCCCAGAGGAUGGUGAUCACUGCUCCUCCAGUGACAAACCAGCCUGUGACCCCCAAAGCCCUGACAGCUGGGCAGAACAAGCCUCAUCCACCCCACAUUCCCGGCCACUUCCCAGAGUUCCCAGAUCCCCACACGUACAUCAAGACACCAACCUACCGGGAGCCGGUGUCUGACUAUCAGGUGCUGCGGGAAAAGGCGGCGUCGCAGCGCAGGGACGUGGAAAGGGCCCUCACCCGCUUCAUGGCCAAGACAGGAGAGACCCAGAGCCUCUUCAAGGACGAUGUCAGCACGUUCCCACUGAUUGCUGCCAGGCCUUUCACUGUGCCCUACCUGACAGCUCUGCUCCCCUCCGAGCUGGAGAUGCAGCAGAUGGAGGAGACGGAUUCCUCGGAGCAGGACGAGCAGACGGACACUGAGAACCUCCCACUGCACAUGAGCACGGAUGAUGCAGGACCUGAGAAGGAGAACACGUCAGUGCUGCAGCAGAACAGCUCCCUGGCAGGCAGCAGGAACGGGGAGGAGAACGUGAUCGACAAUCCCUACCUGCGGCCCGUGAAAAAACCCAAAAUCCGCAGGAAGAAGUGAAGGGGGCACCUGAAAUCCCUUUGGCUGCUCUGAGAAACUCACAGGGGUCAGGAGAGGCAGUCCAGCUGAAGAAGGAUCUCUCUGCAUGGUGAACUCCACCUCCAUCCUGCUUUCCCGUGCUCCCUCUUCCCUCUGCAAGCUGGGAUGGUCCAGGAAAACCACCUGGGAAUUGUCUGGGGGACUUUGGAUUCCACUGUGGGCAGGAUUUAUUUUCUGAAGAGCUGAAGGACCCCGGACUUGGAGGGACUCAGGGCUUGGAUUUGGAGGGCACAGGAGCUGGAGCUGUGGGACACAGGGACUGGAUUUGGAUUUGGAGGACACAGGGGUUGGAUUUG